GUAAUUUAUUUUCUUCUUGCAAACCUACACAGUCAUGUCAAAAUCGGAAAAAGGGAUGAAAUCCGAAAGUUCUACGGAAGAUAAGAUUGGGGCAUCUACUAAGCAUGCAGAAGACAAGGUUAAGGAUAUCUUUAUUAAACUAGAGGAAACUGUAGAUCAUCUUCUUAAGAAGAUUACUGCACGCAGGUCAGCUAUUGAUAACGUGUUACAAAAAGCUAAAUUCAAGCCAGAAUGGGAAUUGGUUCGUCAGUCCAGUCUCCAAUUUGAUACGAACGGAAGACUCCAUGCUAACCCUUGGGUAUCUGAGAUGUUUGCAGAUGCAGUGCCUGUUGUGCAAAGAUUUCAAGAUGAUCUUUCACAUUUGAAGAUCCGUGUCUCCUACAUGCUGGCAACUUUGGAUAAAGAGGAUACAAUCCAAAAUAAUCCAACACAGUCGUGGGACACUCCCUCUGCUCAGCUGCUGACCGUUCUGAAGGUUAUAAACAGUAUGUCUACCUGGGCUGUGGAAGUUCAAGAUUCCUGGGUUACUUAUCAUAUGACCAGAGAACAGUUCGGAAUGGAUCCUAAACUGUUAAGUGUUGCAGUCCCUCAUCAGAGCCUAGACCGAGGUAAAGCUCUAGCUGCCUGGGAUGUAAAGAUGGCUGGAGAAACCAGGGGUAUGAUAAAUACUCUACUCUACAACUAUAUUGCGCUAGAGGAUAUUCUCUACAGGGCUGGACACUUCCUGUAUAAAGCAGAGAAAUCUGGAUUCAUGCUCAUCUAUUCAUAAAUCAUUACUUCCAUUGUUUGAGACCUAUAGUUUGGAUUAGCUUUCUUUGUUUGUUAAAUUGUUGAAACAGUAAAAUAGUGAAUAUUUAUUACCGAUGCCAGUUUGGAGACUUUUUAGAUCUGUAUUUGAUGUCAAAAUUUAUAUUCCUUAGUAUCAUUCAGAGUAUAUUUAAAAAUAAAGUAUAUAUUAUUA